CUCCUCCUUUGGGGCUGCUUUUAAUGUAGAUUACUAUUAUCCGAAAAGAACCAUUUUUUUUCUUCUCUUCCACGCUUCUUUUCAAAAAACCUAACCCCCAACAGUGGCUGUUGCGAUCUUCAUCAUGAAAAACAUGUCAUCUCCUCCAUCACAGGACGUGGUUCUGGCACGCGCCACCCACCUGACGCGCGAAGAGCUCCUCAAGCGGCGGUUGCAGCACCUGAGGCAGCUUUCUCGGUGUUACCGGCACCACUACUGGGCUCUCAUGGACAACCUCAAGAUCCAGUACAGGAACUAUUAUUGGAAAUUUGGUAUCAGCCCUUUCAAGCAAAACUCUAUUCAAGAAGAUGAUGCACCACUCACUGACCGCGCUGCUGAUAAUAAUGUUAAUGUUAAUGAUAGUAAUAACAACAAUAAUGUUGGUUUGAAUUUUAGGAAUAAUCAACAUUGUUCGUUUGUUGGAUGUAAGUUCAAAGCCAUGGCCUUGACUAGAUUUUGCCAUCUCCAUAUCCUCUCCGAUUCCAAGCAGAAGCUCUAUAAAGCUUGCACAUAUGUCAUCAAAAGUGCUCAUGCCGGACCUAUAACAUGCGGGAAGCCAAUACUCAGAUCAGCCGUUCCUUCUCUGUGUACUGCCCACUUCCAAAAGACUCAGAAAAAUGUUAACAGGGCAUUGAAGAAGGCAAAUCUUAAUGUUUCCUCUUUGAGUAAGCUUGCUCCUAUGUUUCAUGUCAUAGUGGCAGAAUAUGUACAUCAAAUACAAGCCAAAAGAAGAGCUGUCUCGAGGGGAAUCACUAGUAAAACUACUAUCAAGGAAGAAUGUCCUAGCUGAACCUUCCUUAAUUGCUGCACUUGUCACCAAUGCUAAAGAAUUCAAAGGUAUCUUAAGUUGACACCCCGCCAAUACAAGUCAGUGCAAUGUCCGACAUCGACAUCAGUGACACGAAAAUCAUAGGCAUCCAUGAAGUAGCCGAGCUUCUACUUGUAAAUGACAGUAACAACCAAUGUGCUUCAGCCAAUGACCAAUGUUACAUGCAUGCUUUCUCACUCAGCUUGACAAGUAUGCCGAAAGUGGUGCCUCGAAGCCUUAAAACUUGGAACUUUGGAUUCAUCCUGAUUGUUGUAGCUUUGUAGUAUACUUCUGUGGUUCCAUGGAAAGACUUAUUAAAAUCUUUUGCAAGCUGUAUGUAUGACUAAAUCAAGGCUUGUAUAUUUAUCAACCAAUUCAAAUAGUUUAAACAUGAGUGGGACACUCCCGUUCAUUGGACUAUGACCUAUUAGAUAGGGGUGGAUGAGUAAAUGCGGAUUGUGAAUGC